UCACCUUUUUUUUAAAGUCCACAGUUUUGCUAUAAAAGGCCACACUGCCCACAGCUCAGCCUGCUGACCUGGAGACCUUCCACCAUGAAGCACCUCCUCAUCUUCCACCUCCUCCUCGCCUGCCUAGCCGCCGUCUUGUCGGCCCCCGCCGACACGGGCAAGGUGAAGUGGUGCGUCAAGUCGGACAAAGAGUACCAGAAAUGUAUGGACCUGGCAGCCAAAGCGCCCGUGUUCACCUGUGUGAAGAGAACCAACUCCUUGGAUUGUAUCAUUGCCAUUCAUGGUGGUUUGGCAGAUGCAAUCACUUUGGAUGGAGGUGACAUUUACACCGCUGGACUGAAGAACUACAAACUGCAUCCCAUAAUUGCUGAGAACUAUGGCUCCUCGUCCGAGAGCUGUUACUACGCUGUGGCCGUGGCUAAAAAGGGCUCCGGAUUUGGCAUCCGAGAUCUGGAGGGGAAGAAGUCCUGCCACACCGGUUUGGGAAAAUCCGCCGGCUGGAACAUUCCCAUUGGAACUCUGGUGUCUAUGGAUAUACUGAAGUGGAAAAGCAUCGAGGAUAAACGAAUCGAGGAGGCGGUGGCUAGCUUCUUCUCUAAAAGCUGUGCCCCCGGAGCAGCGAGGGAGACCAAACUGUGUGAUGGCUGCAAGGGAGACUGUUCGCGGUCCCACAAUGAGCCCUACUACGACUACAGCGGUGCUUUCCAGUGCCUGGUGGAAGGGGGAGAUGUGGCUUUUGUGAAACAUCUGACUGUGCCUGAUAGCGAGAAGGCCAACUACGAGCUGCUGUGCCCCGACAACACCAGGGCGCCCAUAGAAGAGUACAAAAAAUGCCACCUGGCAAGAGUACCAGCUCACGCCGUUGUCAGCCGCAAGGACCCACAGCUGGCAGAAUUGAUCUGGACGAGCCUCACCACAGUGCAGGGCUUCAACCUGUUCUCCUCUGAGGCAUACGCUCCUGCCAAGAACCUGAUGUUUAAAGAUUCUGCUGUGGCGUUUGCCAAGCUGCCUGACAACACAAACGCCUUCAUGUAUUUGGGUUCCACCUACACGGGCAUCGUGCGCUCCCUGACAAAAGAGGUCACUACAACCGAUGAAGGCGGCGCCAUCACAUGGUGUGCUGUGGGUGCUGCUGAGACCAGCAAGUGUGACAAGUGGAGCUUUAACCCUCUGGUGGGUGAGGACCGCAACAUUAUUUGCCAGGAAGCCCCAACAGUUGAAGCCUGCUUGAAAAUGAUCAUGCGCAAAGAAGCUGAUGCGAUGGCGGUGGAUGGAGGAGAGGUGUUCUCAGCUGGGAAGUGUGGUCUGGUUCCAGCCAUGGUGGAGCAGUACGACGAAGCAAUGUGCACCGUACCUGGGGCCUCUGCCUCCUCCUACUUUGCCGUUGCUGUGGUCAAGAAGGGCUCGGGGGUGACCUGGGACAACCUGAGGGGGAAGAGGUCCUGCCACACAGGCUUUGGCAGGACAGCUGGUUGGAACGUUCCAAUGGGGGAAAUCCACAAACAAACUAAUGACUGUGACUUCACAAAGUUCUUCAGUAGUGGUUGUGCCCCCGGCGCGCCUGCUGACUCCCCAUUCUGUUCUCAGUGUGCGGGCAGCGGCAAAAAUGUGAAUGACGAGUUCAAGUGCAAAGCCAGUGCUGAGGAGAAAUACUACGGUUACGCUGGCGCCUUUAGAUGUCUUGUUGAGGGUGCUGGGGACGUCGCCUUCAUUAAACACACAAUUGUACAAGAAAACAGUGACGGAAAUGGUCCUGAAUGGGCUCACAAUCUCUCCAGCAGCGACUAUGAGCUAAUCUGCCCCGGGAAGCCUACGGUUCCAGUCACCCAGUUUAAAGAUUGCAACCUGGCAAGCACCCCAGCACACGCUGUGGUGACCCGGCCAGAGACCCGCAAUGACGUUGUCCGCGUUCUCCAGGACGAGCAGGCCAAGUUUGGUAGGGGCACUGCUGCCAGUUUCAAAAUGUUUGAGUCAAAAUCUGGAAAGAAUCUGCUCUUCAAGGACUCCACCAAGUGUCUCCAAGAAGUCCCUGCCGGGUCCAGUUAUGAGAAGUUCUUAGGAACCGGGUACAUGAACGCCAUGACCUCACUGAGGCAGUGCAGUGACACGGCUUCAGAUCUGGAGAAACUGUGCACUUCCCAUAGCUGCCAGUCAACAAACUAGAUGGUUCUUCAGUUGUCUCACUGACUCAAACUCUCAAUCUUAUGUUCUCCACAUGCAAAUCAACAAUCAUGUCCACUAACUAUAUUUCUGAUUGUGGAUCAUCCAUUUUCCUAACAUGUUUGUAUUUUUCAAAUAAAGCCUUUAAAUAAC